GAUAUCGAGGAAUCUCGGCGUCACUUGCAGUGUAACAUUAAGGAAGUCAUCAUUCAACAAGACGAAGCCGGUAAUGCGUAAUGGGCUUAUCCCGUGGUCCGGCGGCUAGUAGUUUCCAACGAAGCCCAGGGCUACUUACUUGCCGAGGAUAAAAUGUCGCUGAUUUUCAUCUGGCGUUCGAGCUUGGCACAUAGAGUACCAUCAGAUCACAUCACUUUGAACUGCCGGUGCACAGCUCUGCAGACUAGAUUGUACGAAACGGAACCAUGGAGUAUCGUUACUCAGAGAUCAUCGACCCAAGUGUCUAUGAGACACAUGGGUUAGCCAACGGCAUCGCUCUUCGUGGGCAUAAGGAGCCUAUGAAGGAGAUCCGUGGAGCACGUCGAGCCCAAAUCGAUUGGUCUACUCACGUAAAACCUCUCGCCGACUACAAAGGCGGGCUGGGCCAGCGGUUCAGCUUCAUGCAGGUAACUGUUCCAGAAUGUCUGCCAGAGAGGCUUGAGAUCAUCUCGUAUGCAAACGAAUAUGCGUUCAUCUAUGAUGACGAGAUGGAAACUCUGGAUCUCGAGAAUGUCUCAGCCACGUCGCCAGGGAUGCUCGAGACGUUCAGAAAGGGCGUUUUAGACAGCAAGACGGACAGCGAAUCGCGUCCCGAAAAGCGAAUACAGGCACAAAUAUUGAAAGAGAUGAUUGCGAUUGACCCUCAACGGGCUAUCACGUCUAUGAAAGCCUGGGCCAGGUUUGUCCAGUUGGCAUCUCAGACAAGAGAAUCGCCAUUCCGGACAUUGGCAGAGUACGUGCCGGCAAGGGUGAUUGAUGCUGGCGAGCUGAUCUGGUUCGGCACAUUGACGUUUGGCAUGGCCCUCACUAUUCCGGACGAAGAGUACGAGCUCUGCAUGGAAUUGGCCCGCCCCGGAUACGCUGUCUUGGGACUCACCAAUGAUUUAUACUCGUGGGAGAAAGAGAGACAAGCGGCCGAGAAAGCAGGCCAGGACUAUGUCUUCAACGCCAUCUGGGUGAUUAUGAACGAGCAGCAAGUGAGCGAGGAUGAAGCCAAAGCCAUCUGCGCAGAAGAGAUCCAGCGAUAUGCCACCAUCUUCUGCCGCAACGUCGAUGAGACAAAGAGGAACUUGGCGCUCUCCAGGGAUCUUCGGGCGUACAUCGAGGCUGUCAUGUACAGUUGCAGCGGCAAUCUCGUUUGGAGCAUUUACUGCCCCCGAUACCAUGAAUUUUAGGCCGGGCGAGUCAUAUGCAGCGUGGUUGUAUAGCGGGUAAGACGAGGGUGGUAGUGCAGCAUUGCGGUUGGAUUCACACCUGGAGGUUGAGAUAGAGAUAGAGACAAAGGGAAAGGCGCAAUAAUACACCGAUGUUGAGAUUGAUUGGUAACCGUAACCGAACGAUACUACAAUUAAGUAGCUACGAGGUAGCAUGCAUAGAGG